GCAUACACAUGGGUCCUCUCCUCUCUCAAUCCACACCUAGCUGCAGCUACUACUUCUUUUUCCAUUCUGCUGUCAUAGUUAUUAGAAGACACAAAGAAGCGACAUCACCUCUCUGAGGCUCAAGAGCAAUGAUUCAAGGAAAGGCUGAAUUUAUAAGGUGUUAUUGUUUGCCUUAUAAUAACAAUCUGCCACUGAGAUCAAUAAUAAGGAAAUGUAGAGGAUGAUGUCCCUUCCCAGCGUUUCCCGAGCAUCUGAUCUCAGGUGUAGAUUUACAGUGUGCAGCAAGAAGACAGGAGUAAGAACGAGAAAAGGAGAUACAAAUGUAAGGGAGAACAUGAACAUGAACACCUAUUCGACCCCAUGAUUCAACAAAUGAAACAAGACAAUGGCAUCAAUCAAAUCUGGAGGGACCUGGGCAGAUCUCCAGGAAAGCUUAACACGUGUGCGACAACAAUAUGGCCUUUUGCCUCGAGCCGGGUGGGAUGAUCUGAUUGCCAUGACCUCUUAUGAAAAGGCUGUUUCAGCUAAACACAGGAAUAAAACUCUGCCCAGACCAUUCCUGCCAAGUUUACAGACGAAAAAAGUGAUCCAGCCAAAUACUGAUCUACAACUGCAUAAGCAGCAUGAGGGGAGGAAAAGUGCUAAAUAUGAUCCUUUAUUCCAUAAAACCAUGCUAACAAAGAAAGGACGUGAGAACACUAUGGUCAGCUUAAUGUUUGGUGAAUAUAGAUAUUUCACAGAAAAUGAAUAUUUUGCUUGGGAUUUUGUGGACUCCUUCGUGUCUGAAGCCUUACUGGAGGAGAUUCUCCCAGAUGUCCUUAUGGAGGCGUUAACUAAUAAUCCUUCACAGACUACAACUUUGCCGCUGAAGAAAUACUAUGGCAAGGGACAGACAAAAGAGUGGAAACUGGAGUAUGGGGGAACCCUGGAAUCCAUCUCACUGUGUCUCCUGGAUGAACUGCUAUUUGAAAUAUUGAGAGACCUAUCUGCUCCAUUACUCCGUAGGAUGAUAAGAGACUUUAUAAAUGAUCAUCUCCUGAGGACUGUACUUCGUGAUUUUAUAGAUGAAAUUCUCACUAGCAUCAUCCGAGAAGAACUAUCGUUAUUGGUAGAAGAGUUAAACUUGGAAACUGAACAUGACAGACUACAAGAAUAUCUUAUUCAGAGUCUGAUCAAUCAGGAAGUGGAAGAUACUGUCAUUGUCGUCCUCAACACAUGUGAUAAUCAGCUCACUGAACUGCACAAAAAGCAGAUUAUAUUAACUGCAAAUAAACACAUAGUGGACAUGUUUAUUGUGGAGCACUUGCUUGGAACCAUUGGAAAACAUGAAAUGUUGAUGUUUGGAAAGGAUUCAUCACAAUGUCUGUUGGAUGGUAAAAUGCUUGAGGUUCUUCUUAGAGAGCAGAUGGACAUUCAGCAGAAACAACAGACUACGUCUGAAAAUUACCCUGUGAGACUUUUUCACCAAAACACAAUUAGCAAAGUGGCCCUAGAAGUUAUUCUAACAGAACUGAAUAUGAUGCUGGUUGAAGAUAUGGAAGACAUCCUUGAAUACGAGCGAGAUGUAGAGUUGGGUUAAAUGGAAAACAUAUUGAUUUUUUUUCUAUGUAACAAUUAAGCUGGUCUUGUACGCUCGCUCUAGCUCUUGUUACCUAUAUUUUGAAAACAAAAACAAAUAGCGUCCCAUUGUGCACCAGAUCAGGUCCGAUUUCAUCCAAAUAUCACUUAUUAGAACAGUCUUAACAAUUUUUUUGAAUUUCAGUUUGAAAGAGAAUUAAAUUAGUUGGCUGUGAUGGCCAGAUACGCCCCACUAGUACCAAGUCUUCUGUUACAGGAAUAUUCCAACAGAGAACGUCGGGUGUGAGUGAUCGGAAAAUUGCUUUAUUUCCGAAGAAGAUGGAUCCAUCAGUGAGAGCAUACUGUCUUACAGUACAUACAGUACAGUUGCAAUAGGGAAGUUGCUAUUUUUCUUCUUCUCUAUACAGAACCCACUGAAUAAUAAAUCAGGAUUAUUGAAAUUAUAAAUCCAUUUUACAUAUGUACCAAUCAAAACAUUGUAUUUUUGACAGUGCGGCAGUGUCACAAGACAUAAAGCAACCACAAUGCAUAAAAAUGACAUUACCAGUUGAGUAUCCCAUACCCAAAAUGCUUGGGACCAGAGGUAUUUUGGAUAUCAGAUUUUUCCUUAUUUUGGAAUAAUUGCAUACCAUAAUGAGAUAUCAUGGUGAUAGGACCCAAGUCUAAGCACAGAAUGCAUUUAUGUUUUAUAUACACCUUAUACACACAGCCUGAAGGUAAUUUAAUACAAUAUUUUUAAUAACUUUGUGUUUUAAACAAAGUUUGUGUACAUUGGGGGUCAUUCCGAGUUGAUCGUAGCUGUGCUAAAUUUAGCAUAGCUACGAUCAUGUUCCCAGACAUGCGUGGGGACGCCCAGCACAGGGCUAGGCCACCCCGCAGGUCUGUUCGGCCCCUCCCCCGCACGAGUACAAAAGCAUCGCACAGCGGCGAUGCUUUUGUACUUGUUGAGUAACUCCCGGUCAGCACAGCUUCUGCGGCUGGCCGGGAGUUACUCGUCGCUGCCCCUGGUCGCAGUGGCUGCGUGUGACGUAACG